CCAAGAGAUGGCCAUGGACAGCAGCACACCCUCGCCCUAUCAUAGCAGCCACACCUGCCACAUCCUGCACAUGUUCAACAGGUCCUCGGGGAAGCUGCAGCGGCACCUGUGCAGGGGAGAGUACACCCUGCUGAAGGACAUGCCCGUCUUUGAGAGUGAUUUCAUCCAGAUCAACAGAAAAGGAGAAGUGAUUGAUAUGCACAACAAUGUGCAAAUGGUGACAGUGGGCAUCGCAUAUACCACCCCCAGCCUCACAAUGCCGGAUGUCAUGCUUCUGGCACAACCAGCUGUGAGCUGUGCAGCCAAUGCCAGAAAUAGCCAAGAUACUCAGAUAAAGGACCUCAAGUCGACAAAGAGCUUGGAGCUGACCAGGCUGCUUCCUUUGAAGUUUGUAAAGUUAUCCAUCUAUAAUCAUGAAAAAAAACAGUUCCACUUGAAGCUUGCCACUGGCCGCUCUUUUUACCUACAACUGUACCUUCCUUCAGAUGCAAAAGAAGACCUGUUUGCAUGCUGGGAAGACUUAGUGUACCUGUUGAGACCACCACUGGAGGCUUACAGUGGUACCCAGGCCCAACCUGCUGGUGACAUGAUCUCCUUACCUGUGUUGGAGGCAGAGGAUAGGAAAAGCCCAGCAGCCAUGGAGCUCCGUGGACAAGGGGACCAAGAUCAGGACAGCAUCAAGAGCCUUCCCACAGUCACCAAUGUGUCUGGGGUCACAUCUCAUGCUUAUAGUGGUGGGGAAGGAAUCAGGCAACUUGCUUCCCACACAUACUCUGUCUGUAGGAACACCUUGUCUCUCCUAAUCCCAUCUGCAGGGUCCAGCCACAGGGCAGCAGUAGCUCCUCAGGGCAGUGUGAGUGUGGUUGCAGGAGGGGAGAUAAUCAGCAGACCUGUUAGGGAGACCACUGAAGGUCCAGAAGUGGGACCCUCCAACUCAUCUUUCCAGAGUGAAGGCAAUGUGAGCAAACAGGAUGGGGACCACAGAGUCUCCCAAGUCCGGGAUGAAGUCCUAAGGAAGAGCAAGGAAAAGGAGAGCACUCCUGCUAAAAGGCCUUCACAUCCUGGUGGGAUGGAGGAAGACGAAUCAUCACUGAAAUCACAUAGAACCACUCAGGGAGGUAAAACAGAGGACGAGAGCAACCUAAAGGGGCAAGGACAUGGUUCCUCAUUCCAGGAGUUAGUUAGCUUCAGCUUCAUCCAAAAGGGGUCCAGGUUAUCUCAGAAAUUGAGGAAGAGCUUGUCUAGAACUUGGUCAGGUGGAUAGUAGUGCUGUUCAUAGAGCUGGGAAGAUACAAAAAGUGGGAUACCUUCAGUGUGUUUCAUCUUGACUCAUUUUCAGGAUCUUCAAAUUGAACCCUCCAGAUGUUUUUUGUUGUUGUUGUUGUUGUUCAGAUCUUCAGAGCUCUCCACAAUGCAGACAAGAUUAUGAGUUUCUGAAAUAAAAGUUUCAGUGAGAAACUUUUCAGUGAGCUCUUUACUAAGAAGAGCUUACCUACUUACUGUAGGUAAGGUAGAGGAAGUGUGGAGGAGAGUAGCAUGGAGGCUGUCAUGCAGGCAGCGGGUGCUGUGCAGAGGGUCUUGGCAUCACUGGUACCAUAACAUCUGUGACCAAGGAGGCAGUAACCAUGGAAGUCCAUCAUAAGAGGUACCAGGUCAUGGAGAACAAGCUACUUCCAGAUAGAUUCCUUUUGGCAUUGAAUAAAU